UUACAAAUGCUUGGUCUAUUAAAUGUCGGGUAGGAUUGAUUCGCUCGGGUAUAUAGUAUAUACACCCGCUGUUAACAGGCAUUCGAACUUUAAGAUACUUAAGUAUGGCGCAUUCAAAUAAAUAAGUGCAUAUUUUAACGAUGGAGACUUACGGGCCAUCGGAAGAAAUUAGCUUAAAUAUUCGGACCUUCACUGAUUCACCAGACGAACACAGGCAGGAAAUAGAUGAGUACGUGUCUCUUUAUGACAACGCUGGUGCUAGCCAUGGUAACGAAAUACUUGAUGUCGAGGAAGUAGAUGAAAAUGGUAACCCCUAUGACAACCAUCAACAUUAUCAAAACCUAGCAUACCAGGAUGACGAAGAGUUACCACCGCCACCUAUUGAGCUAGUUACAAAUGAGUUACAAGAAGUUCCACAAGUGGAAAUAACUGUUGAUGAGCCUCAACCGCCACAAGACGACACUGGCGAUGCCCGAGGGGAUAUGUAUGGAAAGGACGCCAGUGCACAUGCUACUGGUACAUAUAGAGAGUCACCCACUGGAUCUUUUGGUACAACAACACCGAGCACCGCGUCACAGGAAGAACCAAUUGAAUUAGCGUAUAUAUCUGGAAAUUCUAACCCUCAUGGUAAUGGCGUUAACAUAAAUCCCGCUGAAACAUCACAAGGACAAGGUGUGGCCGACCAAGGCGUUUUGAAUGGAGCCUUCGAUUACCCUGUCGCUGAGAAGGAACAUGUGGAUGGGCCUGGAAAUGGUCAGUCAUCGAAGAUGAAUGUCUUUAAGGAAGAACCGCCAUUUAUACACACAGGGGACGCGGAAGGGAAGAUCAUUUACCAGAAGACGUCACGGUUCAAGACGAUAGUCGGGGUCUGCUGUGUGGUCAUAGUUAUUGCAGCUUUUGCUGCCGUGGGACUGGUGGUCGGCUUGAGAGCUGGCAAGUCCGAUGAGAAGGAUAUGGUCUCUGUGACGGUGGACAAGGAAUACCACGCCGAACUUGUAAUCUUGUACACGGAAUACUCGUCCGAACUCCAAGACCGUGACAGCUCUCUGUAUAGGCAGACAGAAGACAUGGUUAUUGAGAAGAUAGACGACGCCUUUAUAAAAAGCCCUCAUGCAGACAGCUACGUCAAGACAACGGUGAACGGGUUUAGGCAAGGCAGUCUGGUUGCUAUACUGACCAUCCAUAUGCGAGCCACUGUCCAAGUGGAGCGUGGACAAACCACUUCAGAUAUUGGCCUCACUAACGCGCAGAUACUAGACGUUGUUGACGUGAGCGGAUUUCAACCUAUUGCUGUUUCCAAAGAAGACAAUUGUGCAGACGCCCCCUGCAAACGGGGUCAAUGUAUUAGCUUGUUGAACAACUUCCAAUGCCACUGUCCAUUGGGCUUUGAGGGAAAACGUUGUGACAUAGAUGCUGACGAGUGUAGCUCCGCCCCUUGUCAACAUGGAGGCACGUGUACCGAUCACGUGGCCGGUUACACGUGUGCAUGCCCAUUUGGAACUUCCGGACAAGACUGUGAGAUUGAAAUUGACGAGUGUAACUCUGAACCCUGUCUCCAUGGAGGCGUGUGCGAGGAUCUCAUGGGCGGCUUCCGGUGCACGUGUCAGCCGGGCUACUUUGGGGUCACGUGCCAGGAACGGAUCCCCUUUUGUGCAAGCGAGCCCUGUGUGAACGGAGGCUCGUGUGAGGAAGCUGUCAAUGGUUUCACUUGCCUCUGCGCCCCACUAUUCUCAGGCGGAACGUGUGAAACAGAAAUAAACGUAUGUGAGAAUGAUCCCUGCAUGAACGGUGGUACCUGUCAGGAAGGACUGGAUGGUUUCAUCUGCGCCUGCGCACCCGGAUAUGGAGGGACUACCUGCGCAACCGAUAUCGACGAAUGCAAGAAUAAUCCGUGCAUACAUGGAUGGUGUGAGGAUCACGUCAACAAUUACACGUGCAACUGUUACCCCGGUUAUCAAGGCUUACUCUGCGAAGACGAUGUCAACGAAUGCUUGCAAUCACCAUGCGCAAACAACGGAAGUUGUUAUAACUCUCCCGGAAGUUUCAGCUGUGAUUGUAUGGAAGGCUAUUACGGUCAUCUCUGCACAGAAGAAAUGGUGACAUGCGGAGGAAACUUCACUGCAUUAUCUGGCGAUUUCUCGUCCCCCAAUUUCCCGGACCUAUACAUGAGUAUGGCACGAUGUUCGUACCACAUUGGGGCUCCUUCAGGCUACAACAUUUGUGUCACAUUUCACACGAUCAACCUUUCGGCUGGUGAUCAGAUAACUGUUUACAAUGGGUCCUCGAUGGAAGGGAGUUUUCUCGCACGUUUCACUGGUAUGAGCUACGACAACGAGACGGUGUGUAGCAGCAACAACAGUAUGCUGGUGUACUUUUUCUCUGAUUUCACUGGAAACGAGAUGGGCUUCAAUGCUUCUUAUGGCGCUAACAGGAACCCAAGCUACUGCGGCGGGAAAUACACCGGCUUAUUCGGUGAAAUUACAUCGCCAAACUACCCUCAGAUAUUCAUCUACCCGCCUGCUAUGGAAUGCAUUUACAAUAUAACUGUUCCCUCCGACCGUACCGCGUGUAUCAUAUUUGACAAUGUCAAUAUAAUAAAGGGUGCAAUGAUCCUGAUGGACAACCAUAGUGAAACAAUAGCAUUUUAUUUUCAAAGCUUCAGCAACGAUAUGCCGAUUUGCGCCAGCACCAACAUAUUAUUGGCCACACUAGCUUCUGUUUAUCCUGAAGGUCAAAUGAGCUUUAACGCAACUUAUUAUGCGUUGGAUAGGGAUUCGUGCGGAGCGACCUACACUGAUUUAACAGGAAACUUUACUUCUCCCAACUUUUCCAACAACUACCCGGUGUUGUCCUACUGUCAGUACAACAUAACGGUCCCGUUCGGCUAUCAUGUUUGCAUUUGGUUCAAUUACUUGAACGUGUCAUCAGGUGACCUCGUGACUACAAGUGAAAACUCAAUAACAAAUACCACUGUUAUAGAUAGGAUUCGUGGGUUCCAACCUUUUCACGUCGUGUGCUCGGUGACGAAUAUGGUGAUUGUUGCAUUGUUCUCGGAUGCUUUUGAAACAAGUUCAGGUUUUGACGCUUCUUACUUUGCCAUGCCUAAUCUGAUCGGGUCGACCACAUUUUCCCCCGAAACCACAACACAGACAUCAACUACAUUUUCACCUGAAACCUCAACAAGAACAUCGACCAACGUUUCACCUGAAACCACAACCACGAGUCCCUCUAUUGGAGCCUGUGGUGGAAACUUUAGCGCACAGUCGGGACAAUUCAGUUCGCCCGACUAUCCCUUCGUAUAUCCGAAGAAUGCCGAUUGCAAAUACACCAUAGCCGUUGACAGCAGAUACUAUAUUUGCGUCAUUUUCACUGUUGUGGACACAGAAACCUGUUGCGACACUAUCACUGUUUAUAACGGUCCAACCUCAACUUCAAGACAAAUUUCAAAAUUUUCAGGUGAACGUCGAGCUAAUCUUAGUGCAUGCUCAACAGGAAACCUAAUGCUUGUACACUUCCAAUCGGAUUAUUCUGUAUCUCACAAUGGAUUCUUGGCGAAUUACAAUGUUACAUCGAGACGGGAGGACUGUAUGCCAGACCAAUUUGUUUGCGAUACUAAUAAGUGUAUUGACAACUUCCGGCUGUGUGACCAGACCGAGGAUUGUAAUGAUAAGACCGAUGAACAGGGAUGCUCGUGCGCCAAAGGAUACAUAGGAUGCAGUGUAUGGUACGAUACAUGUUUCCCAACCAACUCAAUAUGUGAUGGACAAAAUGACUGUCCAGCUGGGGAAGAUGAGAAAGGGUGUGAUUGUGACUAUCAGCGGUGUAACGAUGGGUCUGGAUGUUUUAACGACACACAGAGGUGUGAUGACAUAGUAGACUGUUACGAUCAUUCAGAUGAAUUACUGUGUCAAUUCGAGUGUACCGAGAACGAGUUUUCGUGCUACCACACACGGCAAUGCGUGCCAUUGUCAAGUCGAUGUGAUGGUGUUCUAGACUGCGACGACAAGUCUGACGAAUGGUUAAAUUGUCCACCUAUAACAACGAAGACACCACCGGAGACACUAGGCUAUGAAAUUCGUCUCAAUGACGGUGAAAAUGACACAACAUCACAAGCAUUUGGGAAGAUAAUCAUCAAGCGUAUUGGUGUCGAUGAGGAAUUUGGCACAAUAUGUGAUGACGGCUUUGACUUGGGAGAUGCGGUUGUUAUCUGUCGCCAACUUGGUUUCAUAUACACAGUCGAGGAACAUAUUUAUUUUUCCUCCGGAUCAUCGCACUUUGGCACAUUUGAAGGACCAAUCUGGUUAUCAAACUUGCGGUGUAAUGGAAGUGAAAGUCGCCUGUCCGAGUGUGCUUCCAGUGUUUGGGGGAACCAUUUCUGUAGUCACCAGCAAGAUGUGUCAAUAUCGUGCGGCGGGAAUAACAUUUUUACCACGAUGACCCCAGAUGUGACCUCAACAACGACGCCGGCAACAACAGCAAGUCCUGAAUCGAGUUAUAGACUGGCCGAUGGCGAGUUUUGUUGGACAGGAAGGGUUGAAAUAUAUCACGGUGGAAUAUGGGGUACAAUAUGUCGACCAAGAUUUGAUGCAUUAAGUCCGCCACCAGGCAUUUUGUGUAAAACCCUCGGAUUUAGUGAGGACAAUGCUGAAGUGAGGUAUGGUCCUCCCGGAUCAGGUCCUAGCUUUAUUGAUCGUAUUACAUGCUCGUACGGAUCCUCUUUAUCCUCCUGCUUGCACAACGGUUGGGACCCAAAAGUGUGCUACAAUAAUGAAACAGUUUACGUUACUUGUGACAAAGACUCGGUAACGGAGGAAAAUUGCCCGUUCGAUGUUGGCACUUCUAACGUGAACUGUUCUUUUGGUGACAUGUGCGGCUAUAAUGUCUCAGUUGUAAACGGGGACUCAAUGUGGCAAUUCAAUUAUAUACAACAAUACGAUGAUCAGUUACCAUCGUUAGGGUUUAACGGCCGCUCCGUAGUGUUUACAAACCAGUAUGCGGGUGAAAUGGAUUCGUCAUUGCUAGAGUCGCCUGCAUUUAAAGCGACAUCAAGGGCUAUGAAAGUCGAAUUCAUGUACCUACUCCGAAAACCUACAAUUUCAAACCUGAUGUUCGGCUUACGCCAUGAGGAUGAAAAUGAUGGAAACACUUUGUGGCAAAGUGGGUUUUUGAAGUUUGAAGAAAAGGACUGGCUUUACCAAUGUGUGAAUCUGAAUAAUAUGACUAUAAAUACAACCGAAUACAAGCUUCAGUUUUAUGCCAUCAGAGGGUCAGACCCAUUGUUUCUGGUUGCUGUCGAUGAUAUCAUGGUUUCACCCGGUGUCUGUGCAGAAUCCCUUUUGGAUGUUUUAUGGUGCUCUUUUGAUCGACUAUCUUCAUGUGGCGUGUCCGUGGAUUGUAACAAAUGUGGCCGGUCAAAGUCUGUGUACAAGUGGCGGAGAUAUAUCGACGAUAAUGAAGAUGCCUACAUGAUGGCUGAUGCUUCUUAUGGACGACUAUCGGAUGAUACAACAUUGUCAUUUACGUUACCACAUCUUGGAGAUAACAAAGCCAUCGCUUUGGAGUAUUUUAUAUCAGAUGCAGGAGUGUUAAAGAUACAGCUUGUAUCAAAUACAACAGUUUAUGAUUUAUCAACCAUUGACGAAAACACAAUGGACUUUUUCAAAAUGACAUGCAUGAAAAUCCCAAAAGAGAUUGAUGUUACCAGCGAUUUGCGGAUAGAGUUCAAAGCCAUUCGAGGAAGUAAUCCAAGAUCAGACAUUGGCCUAGACAAUGUGGAGGUUCUUAAGGAAUGCCCGCAUCCAGUGUUCGAGUGUUCCAACGACCAUGAUUGUGGUUGGUUAUACAGAAACGACUCCGCUCAAUUUGGAUGGCAAUAUCUAGAUCGUUCGAAUAGCAGCAUAAACCCUACAAACGGCCCAGCCUUCACAAUACGCUACGCAAAUGCUUCGAGUUCUGCAUUAUCGUCACUACUGGAAACUCGUAUGUUUGAACAUCCCGGCGGACCCUUUAAACUCACUUUCAAGUAUCGGAAAUCCGCGAAGGAGAUAUUUCAGGUUUGGAUGUAUGAUCAUUCAAAGAACGAAACUAUUCAACUGAGCAAGAUAACGCUGCCGUCGGAAGAUGAAAACAUUCAUUGUAUAGAUAUUUCGCCAGAUCUAAACGGAACAUUGUCAAUAGGGUUUAUGGACACAUUUCUUCCUAACAACAUGACAAUGGACAAACAAAUAUCAACAUUGAUUUAUGACUUUGCCUUGCAAGAAGGUCAUUGCAAAGUACCCUUGUCGGCGAGAGAUUGCACAUUUGAAGACAACCUUUGUAGCUAUACAACAACAGACGGGUAUGGAUCUUGUACUUCCCGCUACCAAUGGCAGCUUGUUGAGUCUCACAAUAAAGAUCAGGGUCAUAUCAUGAGUAUAAUGAUGGACGAAAACAGAGAAGAAAUGACAUACCUCGAUGGGGCUUCAAUAGUGUUUGAACCUUUCAUCAUCGAUUUGGAAUCACGAGGAUGCAGUUUGUCAUUCGAUUUCAGCAUUGUAAACAGAUCAACAUACAUGGGUGAAAAUGGAACAGACCUUCCUGGAUAUUUAAUGGUCACCAUGAAUGACUACACUAGGAAGCUACCACUUUCUCCACAACCGAAGAGUAGUUUCUGUUUUGAUAUUUGCAGUAUUUCAACCGCAGGCAAUGUGACUAGUAUUUCGUUGAUGGCACUUGCCGUCAACGCAUGGGUAGAAAACAUUAGAAUUGAAAAGGAGAAAUGUCCAGAAAGAAGUGUUGAAUGCCGAUUUACAGAUGGAAUGUCCUGUGGAUAUAAUGUUGAUAAAAUGAUAUGGAAAGACGGCGACUUAAGUACGGAUCCUGACAGAAAAGACGAGGGAGCGGUAUUUUCCCCACCAUUUAUGUUUGACUCGGAUCAGAACUGCAUAACAAUUGGACUGUCCGGAUUAGUCAUGUCUCAGUUUAAAUUAGCUUUACUCAACAGUGAUGGCGAAAACGUGUUGUGGUUUUACGAAACUGAAAUUGCCAUACAACAAGGUAUUGGCAGAAACUUUUCCGUGGACAUACCAGGCCAUCAGACGUACGUUUUGCGGUUACAAUUUUUUCCUUUGCGGGAAAUUAUGUUGAACUACAUCCAUGUUCAACCAGAAACAUGUCACUCACCAGGUAUGUCCUGCGCCCAGGGUGAAUUUAAAUGUAACGGAACAUGCUUCGAUAAUGAUCGUUUAUGCGAUGGCGUUCGUGACUGUCUCGAUGGCGAAGACGAGGAGGGAUGCGAUUGUAGAUCAGACACCUUUUCCUGUUCAACUAGCACAGAAUGCAUUCACAAUAGUCUGUACUGUGACGGAACAGCCGACUGCGCUGAUGCAUCGGACGAAAUGUGUGAUGGAUCUGUUGAGUGCGACUUCAGGCUUGGGCCAUCGGGUACCUGCAAAUACCAACUUCAUGGCGUUCACAUUUUACCGAGUGGUCCAAAUGCUGGGAAGUUGGAUGUAACAUCAUCACUUGCGUAUAUUAUUUCACCCCAGUUUACCAUUGAUGUUGACAGUUGCUUAAUCGUCGGAUUUUUACCUUAUUACGGACAUAAUCAAUUUCUCCGGACCGCUGCUCUACAGAAUAGAAAUUUGACAACGACUUAUAUACCAAGAAAAAUGCUGAAAACAUACACAACAAUGCCCAAUACAUCAAUCUCGUUUAUGACGGGCUUGGGGCCGGGGGGAUACGAUGGUGUUUUAAUUGAGGCACAGGACGUUGACAUAUUAGUUCAUAAUGCUUCCAUUAAAGUAAACCGUGGAUUGUUUCAAAGCGUUGCCUUGAUGCCUAACCCAUGUGAAGCCCUCGUUGAUAACACUUCAUCAGAACAUCGAUACACAUCAAAAGGAUAUGGUGAAUCUACUACAACCCAUCGAACGCAAACAACAAGGAGUCACACUGCUACACCGAAUGAUAUGCAAACUACAAUGGGUCGCACUGUACGCCUGAAAAGAGGUAUUCCACAAACCGGAACAACUUCGAACUCAAAUAUAACGGUUACGCAAAAUUUUUCAACAACUAUACCACCUUCUACAAACAAUUCAACACAAGAAACUCACUCCACACAGGAACCGACAACCACAAGACGGGUUACCACAAGUUACUCCACACAUGAAACUAAGACCAAAUCUGAGUCAACACAUGGAAGUAUGUACACAACAAAAUCAUCACAAGAAACUAAGAUCACAACUGAGUCAACACAAGGAAGUAUAUCCACAACGAAUUCUACACAGGGACCUAACAACACAUCUGAGACUACACAAGGAAAUGCGUACGCGACUAAUUCCACACAAGUUGUGUACACAACUAGUUCAACACAGGGACACAAGAACACCUCUGAGUCUACACAAGGGAAUAUGUACACGACUUAUUUCACGCAAGAAACGAAGACCACAACUGAGUUCACACAAGAAAGUAUGUCCACAACUAAGUUCGCUCAGGGAUCAAAGACCACGAGUGAGUCUACACAAGGACCUAAGACAACAGUUUCUUCAACACAAAGGCCCGAAACAACAAUGACUUCCACACAAGCAAGCAUGCUUCCAAUGGUUUCCAUCUCACAACUUAACCGGACUCGCCUGGGACAGAAUGCGUCGCUAGUGUGCAGCGUUUUAUCAGUUGGCAAUCAAUAUGUGAUUUUAUAUUGGAAAAGUUUGAUCAAGGGUGUCAUUGCCCGCAAUUCAGACGUUUUGCUUGACGUGCAUAACCGUUCAGUGAGUUAUCCAUUUGGAAAAUUCACUGUAGAGUUGCAUGCAGAGAGUCAAGACAUCCUUUACACGCUAAACGUUGCGGGUGUAGACAAUGUUGAUGAAGGGGAUAUAUUUGAAUGUGUAAUUGACAUUGUUGGCUAUCCAGAAGAUAUUUGGCCAAAGGCGUCAGUGCAGAUUGAAAUACUAGAUUUUGGUUGUCACUAUUUGAAGAAUGGUGUCUGUGGAUACAAUAUGGUGACUUUCCCAACACUUUCGGGACUGGAUAACGUAAACGACAUGCUUACACGUAUAAAUGCGAUAGAGAGUAGUCUAGGCAGAACUUCCGAGGACAAGUGCGUUCAAAGUAUGUUGGAUCUUGCGUGUGGUCUACACGUGACGCAGUGUAUUGACGGACUCGCAGAAGUUGGAAUUUGCAGGCACUCUUGUGAAAAUAUCGCAAAGCAUUGUGGUCAGAACGAUAUGUUUCCAAUAGUUAAUGAGGGUAACCUUGACAUUGCACAUUACUGCAAGUAUUUACCUCUGGACAGAGAUACUUGUAGACCAAUAUGGCUAGAUUGUGGAGCGGUUAUAAAUGUUAGUGACCCGUCUCCAAAUACUUUUAUUCCUGAAAACUAUCCGCUCUCACCGACAUCCAGUCGCUGUACAUACAGCUUUAGUUCUAAAGACUUCCAUCAAGUUAAUCUGAAAUUCCACAAUGUUGUUUUAAGCACCAAUUGCUCGGAAAGCUAUAUCGAGGUAUCUGGUAGUAAGUAUUGUCAUGACAACAUAAGCUCGUUGACAAUGGGAACGUUUUCGAGUUCCAGUCAAAUAACCAACGUGACGUUGGUAUCUACAAAGGCAGAUGCUUUCUCAUACGAGUUGGAUAUAUCUAGUGAGAUGCAGUCAGAUGUUUGCGGAAUAAUUGAAAUCCCAGAUGUCGUCAAAACAACCAUUAACUUACCAACUCACAACGAUUGCCAUUACUGGGUUUUGCAGGAUAACAGUAAAGCUUAUUUAGGAAAAACAACUGUUUUGCGGCUACUUGACAGCAGCAGAUUGUGUGUUCGUUUUACCAACAUGGUAUCAAAUACCAGCGUUUGCGAAGGGGAUGAUUUAAUUAUGGAGGAUGAAAGAUUAUUGUUGUAUGCUUCUGAAACAGUCGUUCUACAAGUGCUACAGGUUUUUAGAAGAACUCGACCACGUGUCACCUCCAUGUUGACUGACACUAGUGAAGUCCUAAUAUCAAUCGACGAUGGAGAGCCACAAUAUUGGUGCGGGUCACUAAUCCAGCCCCAUACAGGGCAAUUGAUUUGUCGAGAGGCUGAGAAAGGGCAAUACAUUGGAAAUGGAGAGAAUUCGGAUAGUAGUUGUGAUACGGAUCCACGUAGAUGUUCGAAUGCAAGCACGAUUAUCAUUUGCAGAGGAUACGAAGACAAUCUUAGUGAUUGUAUUGUAAUCGAAUGCAAUCCGAUUUAUAGACAAUGUUCCUGUGCUGUUACAACCACUAUAUCAUGCAAAACUGCCACUGUAACAUGUGACCAUAGGAUUUCAGAAUGUGGAUACAUGUUCUCAUAUAGAGAAUUUAACAGAUCGGGGAAAGGUUUAACUAAGUUGGACGCCGGUCAUAACGAGGUAGCCAGAAUUGUAUCGCCUGCAUUUGAAGCAGGAUAUGGAGAAUCCGUCACCUUUGGAUAUCAAGUAUCAAAUUUAAAACAGUGGAUCUCUGUUAAGUUGGAGCUUGCAAAUGGCACCACAGAUACCAUAUGGACUCCUAGUGUGUUAACAUCAAAGGGAGAGUAUCGGGGAUGUGCAAAUAUUCCAGAGAAAUACGUGGAUCAUAACGUUCGGUUGGUCUUUGAAAUGUACGAUGUCUAUCUAAAUCAAACUUUGCAAGGAUUUGUGUUUUCUCUGACGGAUGUAUAUCUUGAUGAAGGAGUAUGUGCAGCAACUCUCUUAAGAAAUUGUGAGUUCGACCAGGCACGUCAAUGUGGAAUAGGAUCGGACUCGGGAAUUUGCUUUGGUGACAAAGACGAACUUGGACCAGUCUGGAUGCUAGACAAAAAUAACCUUGUUGCGGACACAACCUAUGCAACUCCAAACAUGGAAUAUGCGGUUUCGUUACUUGCAAACACAUCAGGGAUGUCGUCCUUAUCACUAUCAUACAGUGUUCGGAAACCUACAAACGAAAUGGAGAAACUUCAGUUUAAGAUUUUUGCUGAUACGGAUCUGAUAUUCACUGGCGACACAGAUGUCAUUCAACUGCCGAUGAAAAAAUGCAUAAAUAUUCCGAAUAGUUUCCACACCCUGCGUUUGGCAUUAGAAACUGGUACUACAAACGGUAUUAUCAGCAUUGACAGGCUCAUUUUGAUGGAAGAAAAGAGAUGCAUACAUAAGCUUAGCUGUGACUUUGAAAACAUCACCCAGUGCUCAAUCACAAUAGAAGAACAAUCCAAUGUUUACUUUUCUUGGAGAAUGGGAAUCGAUAGGAUACGUGGAAAAGUGAUGGAACUUUUUGCUUCCAACUCCGACAUCCAAGAAGGGGUUACAGCGACAUUCGAAAUCAGCAACAUUCAACUCAGAGACGAAUCUGGACCAUAUCGUUGCUUAUCAUUCAAUUACACAGCGUUAGGAAAUGAUAACCAGUUUUACCUCGAUAUUGUUGAAAAGAAAACCAAUGACGUUAGAACAACGUAUACUGUCGACACACCAACCAAUGGCUGGAGAACGUUUUAUAUACCAAUACAAUCGUAUUCCGAUGUGGAAAAUGACACACGAUCAUUUGAGUUCAUAGCAACCGCGAUGGAAACAAUGAGAAAUGGAACAAAGAUGUACAUUGAUGACUUGCACUACCAAAGAGAACCAUGCCCCCUUGGGCUACAACAUAUAAGGAAAUGUGGAUUUGAAGAUCCCGCGCUAUGUCUUCUUGACACAACUGGAGCAGGUGGGUUUUCCUGGGAGCGAACUCACUCGUUAGGAAAUCUAUCAACAGAUUCAGAUGGAACUGGUUACUACAUGUCUGUCGACAAUUCAUACGGACCACAAGGAGCCGAGUCCCUUCUCUGGUUCACCGUCGACUUAUCGUCUAAUAAUAACACCCAGUAUUACCAGUUUUCUUACCAAAUGGACGGUACUGGCGCUGGUAAACUAAAAACAUACACUAUGGAUAAUAAGGGAAUCACUGGACCAAUGUAUGAUAUUGAAAAUUACAACACAGAUAUGUGGAUCAUUUCCGAUUGCUAUUCCUUGCCUUCUCGGUUUAUCGGUAGAAUAUAUUUCAAAGCAAUAAAAGGUACAUCACCAUCAGACGACAUUGCGAUUGACAAUGUGAAAAUCGGCCAUGGAACGUGCGAAGCUGCAUCCGUUUCCUGUUCUUUUGACCGGACGUUCUGUGGUUAUAACACAAACUUUGAUAUGUGGAGUUUCUCAGGAAACUCAGUGUUCACCAAAUAUGAUAACGUCUUCCUGCACGCCCCACUCUACAGCCUUAACCUUACGGAUGAUCAAGAAGUGUGUGUGUCAGUUUUUUUUGACGGUAAUUACAUUGAAUUACGGACGGGGUCUGAUAGUACAGAAAACGUCAGAAUCAUACAUUCAAGCGACAUAGUUCCCGACAAAAUUGGACAAAUAACAGUUUCAAAGGAAACUCUACGACUGGCCAUUAAGCCGGCCAGUGGUACGAGAGUGAGUCACAUACAAACAGAGGAUGGAAGCUGCAAAGAAUUGCAGUGUGACUUCCCGUGUGAAGAACAAUGUAUUGACUCGGUUAUGGUUUGCGACACAGUAUUGCAGUGUUACAAUGGAGAGGACGAGAAGGAUUGUGGAAAUUCGGUCACAUGUGACUUUUCAAAUGGAAGUUGUGGUUACAUGGCAACUGAGGCAUCAAUAUCGAAGUGGGAGAUUGCAUCAAACAUUUCAAUAGAAACAAACGGUGUAUUGAAAGUGUUAGAACCAGCUCACGGUACUGGUAUAAUGGUGACCUACAUGAACUCUAAGGAAACGGGAUACGCCAAAAUGCAAUCAACAGAAUAUAGAAUUACAGAGCCGUCUUGUCUCCAAUUUUAUUACACUGGAAACUCCUCAAUGUUUGCUGUUAACAUUAGUUCUUAUAUUUGGAUGGACAAAAAUGCUGCUUCUUGGGUCACAACCUGGAAAAUGGGACAGCUUAACGUUAGCGCUAUGACGAUGAGAGCGAUGUUCGUAGCAAACUUCACCUCCAACAGACCCGCCUUCAUUGCGGUUGACAAAGUUGAAUUAAUUGAGGGCAGCUGCACUAAAGACACUCUUGAGUGCGUCGAUGUUACACCUUACAAGUGUGAGAAUGGAGAAAGAUGUUAUUCUGAAAACGAGCGAUGCAAUGGGAUACCAAUUUGCAACGAUUUGUCGGAUGAGAGCGAAUCAAUUUGCAAUUCAGUUCGUUCACUAUCAUGUGACUUUGAGGAUGAUCAUGUAUGUGGAUACAACGUAAGAGAUGCACACAAGAUUUACUCCUUAGCAAACGAUAAUUGGCGCAGAAGGCAGGGUUUUGCUCACUCGAUUCCACACACAGAUCAUACGUUCAGGAAUUAUUCUGGGCAUUACCUUCAAUUUGUUGUUUACCAACACGAUAGUAAAUACAAGUUUUCAUAUGGCGCAUUAGCCUCACCUUCGAUUGUACUGCCAAGUGACGGUUGUGUGACAUUCUGGUACAUCCUUAAUGCAACAGAAAUCAGGCCAAACGGACAUUCUGCGCAAAUAACUGCUAAUUUGAAUUAUAACGGGUCAAUUGAAACGCAUUGGUACGACCAGGUCAAUCGUCCAUUCUCAGAGUGGGUCCAAGGAGGGAUACCAGUAAGAGGCGGGAAAAAUGUGUCACUCAUUAUUGAAGCGACAGUUUUUGAACCAAUCACCGCCUGGCCCGGGGUUGUUGCUGUUGAUGAUAUUGACUUCCAUGCGGGGCCCUGUAACAUAAAACAAGAAUGCAGCACUUCAUCUUUUACGUGUAAAGAAAAUGAUAUGUGUAUCCCUAUAGUGAAGGUUUGUGAUGGGGAAAGGGAUUGUCUCGGUGGAUCAGACGAAAUGCACUGUGACAUUCGUCCAAACGGAACAAUUGAACUGUCCGGUGGUGACGGAUCGUACGGAGAAGUGCGGAUGUUUGUUAACGGAACAUGGCAUAGGACGUGUUUUCCGUACCCUUCGUCGAUUGUCACAGAGUCGAAAUUUAUCGCUGCUCGUAUAUCUGUAGCUCAUCCGAUAUGUAAAAUAAAAGGAUACAUCGGAAAUGCGGACUUGUUUGAAAUACGACGUGGGAGACCUAAUGCCGGAAUUAAUCUGAAUUGUACGGAUGGAUGGUGCUACCCCGGAAACAACGCAUCGUGUACAUCUUUCUUAGGCGUGGCAUGCUCCAAUAAUGCGUGCUUCUCUGGCGAAGAGCUCUGUCGAGGAACCACAGAUACUUGUAUUCCCAAAACGAGAUUCUGUGACGGUCUUCCAGAUUGUGAAGGAAAUACGGAUGAGACCGACUGCUACUGUGACCUUGCCUCAAACGAUAAUCUGCAUUGUACUAAACGAGGGACAGAUUGUACUGGAAGUACAUGUAAGUCUUGUAACGAGCUUGGAAUGUUUGAAUGCAUUAACCACGAAUGUGUCAACAAGUCUCUACGUUGUGACGGAAAGUCUGACUGCAAGGAUGGUACAGAUGAAUAUAAAUGUGUUUUUGUAAACGAGACAGGAGUCCACAUUUAUCAAAGCGGUGGAUUUUCGCCUGUUUGUAUAAAUGACAUUGACAGAGCAGUAGCAGAUGGACUGUGUAAUCUUGCUGGCAAAGGAAUGAUAGCGGCAAAUGGCAUUCGACACGGCUUAUCAUUAGUUAAUGGCGGAAUACUUGUUACAUUGUCAACAACUGACAUCGCGUAUCAGGGUCUACACAGAUUCACGUUCGAACACAUAUCGGAGUGUUAUCCGUUGCGAUUAGAGUGUCAGUAUCCAGAAUGCGGAACAAUCAGCUUUACAGACGAGUUCAUACAGCCACAAAUUAUAAACGGGGAGAAGUCCCUUCUUGGUGCAUGGCCUUGGCAGGGAGCACUACGAUACACGCACUCCGGUAUAUGUCCCACGACGCCAUGCCACAUGUGUGGAAUCAGCUAUCUUGGAGGACGUUGGGCUCUUACUGCAGCCCAUUGUGUGGAAGGAAUGGGUUCGGAGGUAUACGUUUGGUUUGGAGUCACCGAUUCUGGAGACAAACUUCAGUCACAAGGACAAGAAAUACCUGUAGUUCGGGCCUACCCCCAUCAUAAAUAUGAACUAUUUGUUUUUGCCGAUAUUGCCUUGCUGGAACUCGAAUACGAACCAAACAUUGAUAAUUUUACACGAACAAUUUGCCUUGGUAAUGAGGAUAUGUUGCAAGAAAUAAUUUCCCAAGAAGAAGAUGCCGAAUGUUAUAUUACUGGAUAUGGAAAUCAGGAGGAUACGUUUUUUGAAUAUGGUAAUACCCGGGAGGAUCUUCGAGAGACGAAAGUUGGAAUUGUGGACCCAAAGCUUUGCAGUGAUAUAGUAAACGGCCAGACGGAGCCUAGAAGACAGGAAAUAGGUGUUGACGCUAUUUGUGUUGAGAACACCGCUCCGUUUUCGCCAUCUUGUAAUGGUGACAGUGGAGGGCCAUUUGUUUGCAGAAUGAAGGACGGUCGGUUCAAACAAUUCGGAGUGACAAGCUGGGGUCUUAGAGGCUGUGACUUAAUGGCACCAGCCAUUUACACGAAUGUUGCCCACCAUUUGGAAUGGAUACAAAACAUAACGGGAAUUGUGAUGACCUGAUGCAACUGCACGGAAAUAUAUGUCGUAGCGGUAUAGACACUCGUGAACAUAUACGUAAUAGUGUGAAUGAGGAUUUGCAACACACGAUUACACAUGUUAAUGUGUGGAUAUAAACAUUUACUUAUUCAUCAAAUUAUAUGUAUUCAUCAACUCUUUAUAUUUUUUUACUACACAGAUUUUAUAAUGUUUACUCUUUAGUGUCGUUUUGUUAUAGAUCUAGAUCUACUUAACCAUAUUUGUUUUGCCUAAUAUCAUUGUACCAUGUAUUGCUUUUGUUAUUAAGUACAAAAUGAUAAGUGUAUAUUAUAUCGUUUCAAUGUUUCGUUAAAUAUUACACUUGUAUAUUUAUAGGUUUAAUAGAGCAAUCACUACCUUGCGGUGUAAGGAAUAAUAAAUAAAAUAGGAAUGGUUUGUAAGUACAGCGUUUUGAUGCGGGAUAUAUGUUUUAUUCGGAUUUCACGCGGCGCUUUGUAAAAUCAAAAUUAGUGAAAAUCAGGGAGAGUAAAACAUGACAUUCCGGAUCAAGAUACAGUACUAAUAAAGAUUAUAUUAUAUAAAUUACUGGAUUAAAUAACUCAAUAAGAACAUGAUUUUAUGAUAAAUGUUAUUUGAAUAACGAAGUUUUUUUUGUUUCAUAACGUUAUUUUAAUAUCCCACAAUGGAAAUCGUUGUAACGUGACGUCAGCAGAUUGUUAUAAACCCGGAAUACCGAUUUUUGCGAUAUGCAUUGAUUGUGGAUGAAAAAUUGGUAAAUAACAAAUACAAAUAUUUUGACUCAAUUCAGAGUUGCAAAAAUGUAGCUUUAUUAUAUUUCAGAGAGCAAUGAUUAUGGCCUUCACAUUAACAAGAUGGUCAAAAAACUACAAUCAAAAUUACAGGCAUAUAUUAAUUAGGUAGCCCAUGUUCAAUUAAAUCAAUUUUAGAUGGCCGGUAAAUCAGUUCUAUUUUGGUCAAAUAUAAAAGUCUCGUAUGUAUUGCCAAGGACUUUAAACUAAUUAUACCGUCAAUUAUAUUACAAACAAGCAUUUUUUUGUGUUGACAAAUUGCACAAUUGGCCACCUCUAGUCCGAUUGCAGCAUGGAUAAAGUAUAAAAAUACAAACUUCAAUUUCAAUAUCUGUAAUGUAUUUCGGUCAAUUGUAUUCAUAGUAUUCGGCGAGCUUUACCGUUUAGAAUAUUACCAGAAUGGCAAGGAUGCAUGAACAUAUAACUUUAUCAGCAAUAACACGAUGGAAGGAAUAGCUGAUUUGUAGGUCCAGAGCCUAAAGAUGGGGUUACCGCCACGGAAAGUACAGCGAGAAAACGGAUUUGCACUGUACGGUUAAACCAGUUGUCUAAUAAUUAGAGAUUUAUACAUGACAAAAAUAUUACAAUCUGACGAAAUGUUUCAUAUGUUUUCUUAAUCUCGUUUCUGUUGCCAAAAAUAAAGUGCUGACUGCUGCCAAUACUCAUCGUACGUGUCUGCAAUCUAAUACCGUAAUGCCCUAAAAUUGUCCGGCAUAUUGAGUUAAAGUAGGUCAUUGCCGAAAACACGUAUUGCGGACUUUCAACACUAUAAACAAUAUAAGUAAGUAAUAAUGCGAAAUGAGACUAGUUACAUUAAAGAAACAGAGUUAAGAAAGCUUGACUAUGUAGCUAUGAAUAAACUAAGAUACAAAUAAAAAUAAACAAAUGCAGGCUUUGCCUUACGCUUAAUAUAAAUUCUCCUUGUUUAGGCAAUCAAUUUAUUGCUGAAAAGAGUUCGUAAGUCCAUUUCUACAAGUUACCGGCGGGAAACAACUGUCAGAAUCCCAGCGCUAAGUAAAACUAUUGUUAUAUUUUAUAACCCUGGGUCGUAUUAAUGAUUUUUUUGAAACUCAUGAGAAAAGCUUUUAUUUUGUUAUAAAUAUAAUGCAGCAUUCAGCAUUAUAACUAUAUUUGUAGCCUUUGAAAGCCGUUUUUAAGCAUCUUUGGCGUUAUAGCGAGUUUUUGGGUUAAAGUUGCCCUUACAGGCUUUUACAGAAGAGUCUAAAGCAGCGAACAACUUCAAGUACUAAACGGACAACCAUGGCGCCAUACUUGUCUAAGAUUUUAUAUAUAUACAUAUCGAGUCGAUAAAGGCGGAUUCAUUUCAUUUGUCACCUGUGUUAUUGCCGAAUUAACUUCCGCCUUCCAUUUGCUUAUUACGCAAAGGAAUACUAAUUUGGUAACGAGAAAGAAAUCUCAAAAAGGCGAAGAUGUGAAGGUACAUUAUAGUAUGUUAAACUGCACACAGAUAGCCUAUGUAGAUAUUAAAGGCAAAAACAUUGUAGAAAAUAGUUCUUAUAAAGUCUUUUUUUGUUUUUGUUAGUGAUAAGUCAUUCGUUUGUUGCAAAUCAGUUUGAGAAUACAUUAACCAUAUAAACGCCAAUAUACUAUGUCAACAGACAGAUAUGGAUGUAGUACUGAUGUUACAUUAAACCCGAUAAUGUAAAUUUCGAUCAGGGCAGGAAAUACAUGUUCGAAUUGUUUUGCAUGCUUGUAGAUUUUAAAAUAAUUCUUUAGAAAGAUGUCAAUUUACGAUUCUUUAUUUCACGUCAGAAGUAUAAAUACAAUUUCACUGUGAUAUAAAUUCAUGUUCUGAACUACAUUGUACAAGACACAUGAAGUGGCGCCUUGCUGCCCGUGGAUCAACUGGCAAAUGAUGUGUGAGCAUUGCAUUACUCAGAGCGGAAAUGUCUAUAAGCUGAAGUACUUAUCCCAACAUUUGACGCAGGCCACGACUUGACAAGCUUUCAAUUGGCCCAGUGUUACGCCGGAUAAUAAUGUUAUAUCAUUCCGGAAAACAAUCAUUUGGAAACUUUAUGUUUGGAUAAAUUAUUCUGGCCAAGCUAAUGAUUAUAAGAAGAACGUAAUAGGAGCACAGGAAUUAUCUAGCUUCUGAGUUGUCAUCGUAUUUUUCAUUGUUUUGUUGAUGAUGCUUUUAAAUGGAGAUAGAAAUCCAAGGUAUCUGGUGAUGUGUUUUUGUUUCUAUGUUCACGUAAUUUCAAUUAUAACUUUUUAAAUAUAUGCAUGUUGUUCCGUACUAAGAAAUAGUGCAUACUGUUGUACUCGAGGUGUCAAUAAUUUAACUUGGUAUAUAUAGACUUGAUAUCGGUUGAUUCGAAUAAUGUAGCCAAGGUCCGAUGUUAUUGCCUUAACGUGGUUGCCGCAAUUUGUAUAUUUUUUAUUUUAUUAAAAUGCUUAAAACCG